GCGUGGAACUUGAAUAUACUAGUACCAGCCACGCGCGCUGACCGCAGAUACAUUUCAAGAAGUUCUAACAGAAGAGAGGAAGGAGUGUUUUUGCCAAUAAUGCACUAUAACGAUGGAUGCUGUUAAACCACACAGAAGAAGAAGAGUGCGAGUUGUUGAUUGCUAGCUCUCGGUUGGGGAUAUCCAUGUUUUCAGCUGAUCUGCCGUAUGUGAAAGAGAGAGGAGCGGGGCAGACUUUCUUUCAAUGUGCUGGGACGGAUAGAACUGACACAACAUGGAUAACGCCUGUGAAAAUGCCAGAUCAAGAGAAUGGAGCUAUGGUGAUGGAUACAGCCGCCAUAAUAUGGCUCAGUGGGAAAGUGCUCCCCCUGCUGGUGAAAGACAGUACCUCACCCAACAGGAAAAGGAACGCCAGUGGCUGAACCAUGAGAAAGAAGCUGCCAUACGGGCCCACUCCCAUAGACAAAACUCCCAUAGACAAAACUCUCCAAUGGACUUCCGUGGACAUGGGGCACAAGAGACCCAGCCGCCGCCUCAGUAUCAUCAGGACCAUCACAGAAUGGCUCCGAGUCAGAACAUAAGGGAUUGGCCAAAUCUCUAUGGACCCUUGAGAGGCCAGUCAACCUCUAAUAUAACCUUACACCGCAGUGGAGAGAGAACAGAAACAUGGGCUAAGCAUGAACCCCACUUCCCCAGCUAUGAGUUUUUGCCCCAACUCAUUGUUGAAAGAGGGCAUGAGGAUAUAACCCAUCACCAUAAAGCUGACCGGGAUUAUAUGGUUGGUCGGAUAGUGAAUCAUAAUCUCCAUUACUUGGAAAGCAAAUGGCAGAUGUUAGAUCCCACCCAUUCUAAUGGACAUGCUAGAGGACAUUUUAAUGAACAUUCAAGGGGACAUUCUAAUUCCUAUUCCAGGGUUUAUUCUACUGAAUGCUCAAAGGGAUGUUCUAGGGGUGACUCUAGUGGACGUUCUAGGGGUGGCUCUAGUGGACGUUCUAGGGGUGACUCUAGUGGAUGUUCUAGGGGUGACUCUAGUGGAUGUUCUAGGGGUGACUCUAGUGGACGUUCUAGGGGUGGCUCUAGUGGACGUUCUAGGGGUGGCUCUAGUGGACGUUCUAGGGGUGGCUCUAGUGGACGUUCUAGGGGUGNCUCUAGUGGACGUUCUAGGGGUGGCUCUAGUGGACGUUCUAGGGGUGGCUCUAGUGGACGUUCUAGGGUCCGUUCCAGCAGGUCUCCCAGGCUGGACUUCCAGGCUAAGCAUGUCAACCCUUUUCAAACUAUGACCAACAGUUCUCCAGACAUUCAGAACGCCAACAUCACUCCAACUGUUCCUAUGGUCAACAACGAACACAGUGAAWCCACAUCAGKACAUACAACAGGUCCUGCGAGAGAUUCUACAUCACUUGUGCAGACCUUUACUAUGACUGCACAGCAGUGUGUUUUUACGGAUUUCCGUUCCACGGGAGGUACAGAAUCUGGUGUUGUUGACCUAAAAGCAGCCCAGGUAACAAAUGCAGACACCCAUGGUAUACUAGGACCUAGUGUUCCUUCCCAAGCCAUAACUCAACAAACAGAUCAUCUUCCUGGCAAUGCUGCUCUGGUUUCUCACAAACAGACCUCUACCACCCCUGAACAGCAACAUGCUCCCUCUUCUCUCACUGAGACACCUCAGGAAAAACCUCCUCAUAAACAUAAGAUCUCACUCAAGGAAAUACAGCACCGGCCCCAGAGUGGUUUAAGAUCUAAAAAUGGACCUGUAAAUGGGAAUAACUCAACACAAGACCCCUCUCAGUCCCAACAUUCCAUCACAGAGAAKAUGGAYGUUUUACAAGCAGGCAAAACACAACUACAUCUUAACACCAAAGACUACCAGGCGAGGCCCCCUGAGAGGUUUAGUGCUGAGGACUCCACUAUACGGCUGGAGAUUAAGUCCACCCCCAGGUACAUGACCCUGACGGCAGUUGCCACCGCUCCGCCACCCCCCGUGGCUAUUGUCCCUCCAAUGGGUCCACAGCAAUCCCCAGAGCCCAUGGAGACAGAGAAUGCAGGCAAUGAGCUGCCAUUUAAGAUUUUGCAGGCCUGGUCCAUCAACGAACAACAGGUGGAAAACCUGUGGGAAAGAGCUAAAGAUGAUGCAAGUUCUCUAUCUGUCCUAAAUGAGACRGUUCAAGUCGAGAGUCUUAUGGAGUAUGACAAACCUGUAGAUGCAUCUGCAACAAGUUCAAUGGCAUCUACAGGAGAGGACAAUGAUGAGGUCCUUCAGGUCAUCACACAGAUGGACAAGAGAUCACCUUCACCAUUUGUCCUCACCAACCCUCAGGCAACUGAUAUUGUAUGCAUCGGUGGUGCACAGACAAUCGUGGAAGGUAGCUCUAAUGUUGCAGAUGAGAGAACUCCUGAUUUGUCCACAAUUGCUGAAGUUCAGUUCAAGUUAUGUGCGCUGCAGCAACUAACAAUCACAGAGGCAAAGCAUGGUUGUCUAGAGGCCAUAUUGGAGCGGUAUUGGGUAGGGGAUACCUCUAACCUGCUAGAAGCUUUAAAAGAUAAAAUGGAUGAGAAAAUCAUGCAGGAUGUGUCUGCAUGGGCAGAGAAGGCAGUGCUUCUCUUUGCAGUCGGUGGUAUAACACUGGGGGAAGUGGUCGAGAAGUUUCCCAUUCCAGUACAUGUUGACACCUGUUCCCAAGUGGGUUACAGGUCAUCAUGGUUAAAUGUCAACGAGAAGCUGAAUGACAUUGACAAAGAUUCUGGAAGAGCUUGGUCUCUGUGGUUCAUACCAGAUAAAGCAGAGGAGAGUUCCAACGUGGUUGGGGGUGUCCAGAUACAUGACACCUUCCACAGCAAGAUGAAGACUGUGGAAUUGCCUGCACGACAACCUGUUGUAGCAGAAGCAACAGACUCAGACCUCCCAACAAACGCAGACUCCGAGACGGAAACCCUUUCCCCAAUGAUUUUGGCCGUCCUCACACCAGAGGAUGCUGUGAAACUGCUUGCGGAAACAGAGGCACCAGACGCAGACCUCAAACCGGUCAUAGACCUCACAACAGACUUGGACACAGAACCCCUUUCCCCAAUGAAUUUGACCGUCCUGAAAUCUGAGGAUGCCAUGAAACUGUUUUGCCAGAUAGAAAAUGGCUCUGACAUCCAACUCGCGUCCCCUGAUCCAUGCUCUGAAAACAAAGAUAAGACACAGACAAAGCAAAUAGAGAAUAUAGAAUGUGGCAGCUUAGAUAAGUCCUGCUACUGUCCUUGUAUCAUUGAAACUGACAAUGGGUUUGAAAUGGGCCUAUGCUCCAGUUGUCAGAGAGAGAAAGGAUUGCAGCAGGGUACAAGAUGCAUAACAAUCGCUCACUGCUUUACCAUGUCAGAUACAAAUGAUCAGGAGACAAAGGUCCCUAAUGACUCUGGGGCGAAGGCGACUGUUGACAAUGAAUGCAGGGACAAGAAGCAGAUGCAUUCAACUGAAGAAGAGGGGGAUGACAAUCAAUCCAGUGACAAUAAGACASAGGKWGAAAUGCAGCAAUGUACAGGMGUCAUACCGAUCAYUGACUUUUUUUUCUGGUCAGAUACAAGUGAGGAUUCAGAUCAGGAGACAGAGGARAGCUAUAAUGAACAACAUGCUCAGAUUGAGGCUCAUGCUUCUAAUGUUAAAAGGACAGAGCCUGAAACGGAUGCCAAAGCACCAUGUGAGUCAGCCCAAGAACGUACGACCCAAAGCAAAGUCAGUCCUGGUUCUGAGAAUARGGAAAGAUGGCAAGAGAAGGACCAAGACUGUAGGACGAGUACAWUACCACUUCCCAAGGUUGAAAACCCCUCUAAGUUAAGAGCUAACAUCAUAGCAGACAACUGGUGUUCACCUAUAGAGGACUGUGGUUCACCUGWAGAAAAGUAUGACAAAGUUGCUUACUUUGUCACCCAAUACAAAACCUGCAAGUCAAAGAAAAAAGUACAACAAAAAAUGGAAAAGGAGAAGACCCUCCAUCCAACGUCAUCUGACAGGCAAAAGCACAAGAAAAGCCAUGGGAGAGCAGAGAGGGGAAGGUCACCAUCCCAAACCGCUAAGUGCUCUGGGUUGAAGGCAACUGUGGAUAAUCAAUGCAGGGACAUGAAGCCACAUGCGUCACACAAGAGGAGACAUUCAACUGAGAGUGAUGAAACUCGAUGUAAAGACAAGAAGAGGGGUUCAUCAACUGCGAAAGAGCGUGAGGGCUGUCAAUCCAGAGACAAGAAGCCACCGAAGAGGAGACAUUCAACUGAGAAAGAGAGAGAGGACAAUCAAAGUAGGGACAGGAUGUCACAGAAGAGGAGAAAUUCAACUGAGAAAGAGAGAGAGGACAAUCAAAGUAGGGACAGGAUGUCACAGAAGAGGAAAAAUUCAACUGAAACUGAAGGCAGGAACUCUGAUUCUAAAGAGUUACAGUGCCAGUUGGUGGACAGAGAGAGGGGCAGUGGAAACUCACUCCCGUGCCCUGGAGUGAAAACCCUCCAUGUGCAGGGAUCCUCAACUACCACCGUUCCUCUCAAACUCUCCAUAAACAUCCCCAAAAAGCCUUCCAUAAACUCCUCACCCUCAAAACAUCCUGAAGUCCACAGAAUGCCAAAGACUAAAGCCCAGAACAAAAUUAGCAGACACCGCUCCCCUGCAAAGUCGGUGUCUCCUGUUGUCAAAGAGAGGCAGAGGAAUGGCGGCAAACAAAAGCAAACAAUUCAAUGCUUAAAAAUCAGACUGGAAAAGCUGUCCUUGCCCAAAAAUCUUGUCAGGAAAGGUUCUCCACCAAGCCGGAAAAGGGAGGAAGGUUCUCCACAAAACCGUAAGAGAGUGGAAGGUUCCCCACCAAGCCAGAAGUUGGUGGCAGAUAGAGGAGAGCCUGGGGUUUUAGGGGUAAAGGUUUCUAAGCAUCCUGACUUUUCCAAGAAACUAAAACGUAAGGCACAGAGCGACUUGAAAUCCCAACAGAAUUUGACAAAGAUUCCGAAGGUGUUGAAUGGAAGUGAGAAAGGAAGGUUUUUAAAAAGUGAGUGUAAGAAUGACUCGCUGCCAAGUAUUCCGAAGCUUCCGWGGACUCCAGAGGUUUCAAAGGAUUGGCAUGAGAGAGAGAACAGGAAAGAGACAUCUCCCAGUGCUUCACCUGAAUCACAAACGCUGGACAAACCUGCAAGAGUGGCACACAAGCCCAAACCUUUUAUCAAGCCUGCCAGGCCCAAUGGUUACAGCCCAGGUAGUCAUGCUUGCCCUAAUCCGGCCAUGGUGUCACCGUCACAUGACAGUGUGGAUUUUGGGGCGAAAGUCUCUGCGAAGCAACAGGUGUUCUAUGAUUGGGAGAGUAGCUAUGUCCAGACUCCAACCCCCCGGACUCGCAGGCGAUCAGGGUGUCCUCCAGAGGAAGUGGAAGGUCAACAGGCCAGUCCCAGGUCCAGCUCGGAGACCAGGAUCAUCCGACCCAUUCUAAAACGUGUCGAUGCUCCGACGAAACCCAAGCGGAACAUCAGAUUUCUAUUGAAUCCAAGGAAGGUGCACUACUUCAAUCCCUGUGAAUAUGAAACUGACAUCAUGUUCAACAGGUCUUACACAGAUCCGGAAGAUGCACCGCGUUCUGAUGAUGAAGAGGAAGAUGUUCCUGUGAACUGCCAGAACACGAAUGAACAGCCCCCCGUUAGGGAAGAGAAGCGGCAAGAUAUAGGGGAGCUGAAGCCUGGACAAAGUGGUGCAUGUGAAAAGCGCUUCAAAAGGAAGUGGCAAAUGCAGGAACCUGCUGACAUUUUCAUGAAGAGUGUUCGUCAGGCAAAGCAUUGGACGAAGUCUCUCAAUCAUGAACCUCCAAAAGACUUCAGACACUCGGCAAAAAAAAUGGAGUUUGGUUACAAGUGGUCAGAGAAGCAGAAGAGGCCAAAUGAAGUUGAAGGUUCCUCUCUGAAUGCAAGCCCCCUUCACGGUCACCACCCAGGUUCCUCUCAGAAUGCAAGUCACGGUCACCACCCAGGUUCCUCUCAGAAUGCAAGUCACGGUCACCACCCAGGUUCCUCUCAGAAUGCAGUCGGUCACAUCCAGGUUCUUUCAGAAUGCAAGUCCUCGUCAACGGUUACCAUCCAGGUCUCUCAGAAAUGCAAGUCGUACGGGUUCACCACGUUCUCUCAGAAUGCAAGUCAUGGUGAACGUGURAUGAAGCCUCAGAUCCUGGAGGUGAACUUCAGUCCAGACUGCGCCCGGGCCUGCCUCCAUCACCCUGSUUUCUACGACCACAUGUUCCAAACACUCUUCCUGGAUGAGGCUGAUCAGUGCCCUGUCACUCAGGUCUCAUGA